AUGUCCCUGCAAGUCUACCUAGCAAUCUCGUUGGGGAUGGGCGUUCAGGACCACCACGCCAUCCUCGUCGAUAGCCCGACCCUCGACGGCAGCUCCCCCGACGCAUCGCUGGGACACAUUUACCAGGUCACGGGUAACAUCCAGAGCGGCAUGGCCUACGAGCACAGACCCGCCAGGGAAGAUGAUAUCAGCCUUGGUAGGCGACUGCUCGGCACAGUUGAACACUCGGACCUCGAGCGCUUUGAGCUUAUCUGUCAAGGAGUGCCGGCCCCGCGGAAGCAGUUUGAUGGCCCAAGGCGGAUGUACCCGCGUGAACCUCUGCGGAGGUGCCAAGAAUGGGUUAAGGAUGCACUGGACGCUUUAAGAACCGAAGGAGUCCUUCAGGAGUUGGGUUCAGAUGGUCCGAAUGGGAAAGCUUGA